AUGGCCUUUGUCUCCGAUCGAUACAAUACAGUGGUGGGCGAGAAGUCGCCGGCAGCAGGUGAGACCGAUGUGGAUCGAUACAAAACAGUGGUGGGCGAGAAGUCGCCGGCAGCAGGUGAGACCGACGUGGAUCGAUACAAUACAGUGGUGGGUGAGAAGUCGCCGGCAGCAGCGUGCGUCAACGUCACCCAUGUCCUCCCGGAUCAAAAUCGAGCUGCGCUCUACUCGCCGUCGCCGCAGCCCCUCCCCGACGACGACGGCAUCAUGAAGCUGACGUUCAUGGACUCCCUGUUCGUCGACAGGGUCAUGCCGAUGCGGCGGCUGUUCAUGUACGAGGGCCCCGGCGUCCCGCCCUUCCCGGACCUCGUCGGCUCCCUGCGGUCCUCCCUCGCCACCGUGCUCGCCAUCUUCUUCCCUCUUGCAGGGAAGCUCACCUACCGCCCAUCAGCCGGCGGUGACGUCGUCGUGGACUGCUCGCCGGCCGCGGUGUCGUCUGGCGUCAAGUUCGUGGAGGCCGAGUACGCCGGCGGCAUCGACGACAUGCGCCGCGUGGCCAGUGGUGGCGGCGACGAGGGCGACAGGGACGCGCUGAUGGAGCUCGGGCUUGAGCUGGACGCGAGGCAGCUGCCGGCCCCGGUGAUAGCGGUGCAGGUGACGAGGCCGACCGUCGGCAGCGGGCGCGCUGUGGUGGUCGCGGUGGCCAUCCGCCACGCCGUGGCUGACGGCCACUCCGUGUGGCAGUUCAUGAGGGCGUGGACAGCCGUGGCGCGGGCGGAGGAGGGCUCGGAUGCCAUGGCACGCCUCAUGCCGCCGACCUCCCAUCUUCCCUACAGCAGGCGUCGACGCGUCGGUCCCGGCCCACCUCUUCCACCUCCCCGGCGCCCCCGGCCAUCUUCCCGGCUUCCUCUGGUCCUUCUCCACGGUGGACACAGCCAACUUAAAUUGAUGAUAAGUUGGGUCAACGUCUAA